ACGAGACGAGUCGGCCGAGUGUGUCGAAGCAAAGUCUAGCCGAGAGUGCGCCGAGCGGUUGGCGGUCUCGCGUCGCCUCGCGUACCCUCGCGUUUCCUCUUCAUUCCGAAGUGAGCUGCCGUUGCGAGCUAACCGGCAGCCUCUGCUGCUCUUGCUCGCUGCUGGCUGAACCCCUGGCAGCGGCGCGCACCGGCAAUAACGCAUCGCCUUCUUGUCACAGACGCGUAACCGCGUGCAUUUCGAACACACCGUCUACGUUGCACGGACGGUGCAACCAAACGAACACUGUACUCGCGGCGUGACUCCGCGGCACGCGUGUACGCUCGAUCGAUCGAUAUCGCGCGACAAGUGACUCCGAGUGUUGGAUAUGUUUCGUUUCUCCUUUCUUCCUCUAUUUCGUACGAAUCGAGUGUGAUUACGUGAGUGUCGUUGAAAACUACAUUCAUCCAUCUAUCCUGAGGAUCCAGCGGACUACUAGCUGUACGUACACUACUACCCUAUAAAGAAGUUUAAGGAUUUCUGUCGAAUCUCCGGCUCCUGCUGCCUGACUGGUGUAGUGUCACGUGACGGAGGAGACCCGGAGAAUCGUGCAGGGUACAAGGUGUCCGGAGAAGCUGGCUCGAAUUUUGUGGAUUGUCAAACGGCAUUCUAGCCGAAAUCACGAUGACGAUGGACGUGAGCAAGUCGGAGCCGAGUAAAAAUGGCACCACGCAACAGGAAUGUGCUGGCUGUGGAAAAACAAUCACGGAAAGGUAUCUCCUCAAGGCCUUGGACCUGUACUGGCACGAGGAUUGUCUGAAGUGCGGGUGUUGCGACUGUAGGUUAGGAGAGGUCGGUUCUACUCUGUUCACCAAGGCGAACCUUAUCCUCUGCAAGAGGGACUACCUCAGGCUGUUCGGGAACACGGGAAACUGCGCGGCUUGCAACAAGCAGAUACCGGCGUUUGAGAUGGUCAUGAAGGCCAGGACGAAUGUCUAUCACCUGGACUGUUUCGCCUGUCAGCAGUGCACUCAUCGGUUUUGCGUGGGUGAUCGGUUCUAUCUGUGCGAGAACAAAAUCCUGUGCGAGUACGACUACGAGGAGAGGCUGGCAUUCGCCAAUAUGUCACUGCAAACACCCGCCUCGCUGGCGUACAUCAAAAGGCAACUGCCCCCAACACCGACACCGCCUGGACAGAACAUGCAUCCGGGUCACAAUCCGUUGCAACCUCAUCAGGGACUUGGCCAGUCGGUGGGUCAACAUAAUCACGUGUCGAACGGUCAAAUGUCAGGGGGUACGCCAACGGUGAACGGGACGACAAUAGGUGUCGGUGGUCCGAGAGCUCCCGGAGACAUGAACAACAAUGGUCUGUCGGGUCCGGCACUUGGUCCUGUGAAGCCACCGCCGAUGUCUAUGCAGGCUCCGACCAGCUGAAACGAGGUGUCACCCCCCUUGAAGAAGCUCAGAUGUCUCAGCGGCUAUUGAGGCUGAUGACGAAACGAAGGAGAACGAGAACGAAGGGACGAGAGGCUGAGAACGCGACGUCGUGACCAAGUGAACACGAAGAAAACCGCGUGCAGGACGAGAGUGAUUGACGGACAGACAGACAGACAUACAUAUAUAUAUAUAUACAAACACACAGCCACGUACACAGAAACAUAAAACAUAUAUGUACGGGGGGUGGUAAAGAAUCGUUCAGAACGGACGACAAGAGGUAUAAAAAAAAUACGGACCGACCUCCGUGAAGAAUCUCGAGGACGCUUCCGGGCGAUCGAACGUUUUCCGGGACUUUGUCGAGAGGUUGGGGGAUUAAUCACUGUGAUCGCGAAAUAUAUAUGAAUAAAUUUAUGGAUGACAUGUUGACGAUAGGAACGUGAUAUAUCGUACACGCGUGCAGACGCACGCGUGUCACACACGGGAUAGACGGACACGUAACAUACGUCUUGUAAUAUACGGUACAACAUGUAACGAUAAACUAGACGAUUUAUGUAAGAUAUAUUUCUGGCGGAAGGAAGGAUGAACGAGUUUGAAGAAUGUGCGUGAAGAAGUGAACGAGUGAAUGGGGCAGAGUUUUCUUGUAAAUAGCUGUUGUAUCGUCGACUCUGCAGCACCGAAAGACUAUCAGUAUACGCAGACCAAUCGAUGAUUUCUAUGUUACUCGUGAUUCGUCUCUAUUCGACGUUAGCGGCUGAUCGAGAAGACGAAGAUAGAGAGAGAGAAGCUGCCGAAGAGGAAAAACUGUAAGUUUCAUUUGUUCAAAUUUCGAAUGCGACGAAUCCCGAGACGUUUUGGAAAAUCUCGGUAUACGAGGCGAAAUAGCCGAGUAAAGGUGUACCCGAUGGCUGAUACCAAAGAUUAACGAUGUAAGUUUCGAUGCCCCUCAAGAGCAAGCCAGCGUUCCACGGAUUUCGAAAUUCGUUGCUCAGUGAUAUAAUAUAAUAUAAUCGUUUUGCAGUUUUCUCGAACUCCUUGUACCUUGUUGCGAAGCGUACCGCUUCGUUCGCACGCGUCUCCGCGAUCGCGAGCUUGCGAAACGAGGGGCUUAGUCCGCGGCUUUACGCUUUAACGCCAAAAGAUGCAACGGAACAGGCGGGUGAAGAAGAAGAAGAAGAAGAAGCAAGAAGAAGACGAAGAAGAUCGAGAAAAAAAGAAACGAUAAACGGUGACGUGGAUACCAAAAGACGGCUGAAUAUUCGAUAACCGAUAAAACGCGUGCGCUGAUAAACGAACCGUUCUCAAUCACCGACGAAGCGUGUCGCAAAACCGCCACGGGCAGCGCGUAAUCGCGACAAAGAUUUUCGCAAAUUUCUCUGAUCGCUAACGACGAUCUUUCCUCCCUUUAUUUCGAUCAAGAAAUUUACCCGCGUGUUGCGAAUUAAUAACGCGGCCCGAAACCGAAACCGAAACCACCGAAUCGAUUAAGUACAAAAGAUAUUACACGAAGAGAGGAUGCGCUUGGGAGCAGGAUAGCCGAUGUAUAGCGGUCGUGUGCGCGAAAGAGAAAGAGAGAGAGAGAGAGAGAGAGAGACAGGUAGUGUUGUAACGAGCGAUCCACGCUCCGAGCGCGAGAGACGCGAAUACUCUUUCCUCUUUUUUUAUCCAUCUGUAUAUAAAUAUCAUUUAUUAGCGCACUAUUAAUAUAUUUACGAACCGCCUCUAUAGGGGCCCCCAUUACUACCGAGAAAAUAUAACAUUCUUAUAAAUACAACAACACAAUGAGUUUCAA